GGGCAGCAUCUAAGCAGCAGUGUGGGAUUUUAUAAUCGGAUUUGGACUAUUGAUACAACGUUUCACUCCUCUCCUGGUUUUAGCACAACAGCACCGAAUUCUGCUUUAUUUUGGAAUUUUUCAGCAUUUUCUUAUGGGACCUGCCUUGUGAGCACUGACAUCUAUGGGGGAAUCUCUAAAAAGAACACAUUGAAUGAAUGGGAAUCCCUUAAGGAAACCUUACUGGACAGAAGAGCAGGAGGAUUAGUUGCUGGAUUUUUACUUUUUAACUUGUUUCAGACCAGACUGGACCGAAUUUGAAGGAUUGGCACUGGUAGAGUACUUUUUCAUAUUAUUAUCUUUAUCACUCUAUUAUUUGCCUAAGGAGGCAGAUAAUGCUGCAAAGUUAAGGUGGAUUUUUAUUUUUGGAUUGACUCCAAGAGAAACAGAACUUUGGAAGGAGAUCUGUCUGUCAACACAAGAGAAAUUUGUGAGAUUUUAUUUUCUUGUGGGGGUUGAACAAAGAAAAGCCUAGAAUUUGCCCAACUCCUACAAGGAGAUGUACCAAGGAUACGAUUCCUCCAGCUCUUCCCCUUCUGCAGAGUCUCAAUACCUGUCUUCAGUGGAUUCUUUUGGAAGCCCCCCCACAGCUUCUGCCCAGCAGGAGUGUGUGGCUUUAUGUGAUGUCCCCUCCUCUUUUGUCCCCACUGUUACGGCCAUCACAAGUAGCCAAGAUCUCCAGUGGCUGGUCACCCCAGCUCUCAUCUCCUCUAUGGCUCAGUCACAGCCUACGCCAGGUCCCUCUAUUGACCCCUAUGAUCUACCAGGCCCCAGUUAUUCUUCCCCGUCUGGAGUAUCGUAUGGACCAAAUCUACCAGCUUCCACGCUAGGUCAAGAGGGAACGCGUCCAACUCGGGCACGGGGCAAGAGAACCAGGGAGGAAGCUCUAACACCAGAAGAAGAAGAAAAGAGACGAGUGAGGAGGGAGAGGAACAAAUUGGCAGCUGCUAAAUGCAGGAAUCGAAGAAGAGAGCUGACUGAUCGACUACAGAGUGAGACAGACCUUCUGGAGGAGGAGAAAUCCACCCUGGAGGCCGAGAUUGAUGAACUACGCAGACAGAAGGAACAGCUGGAGUUUGCCCUUCUUUCCCACCGGCCGGGAUGUAAACUGCCAUAUGAGGACCCUGACCUACCCCCAACAGACCCAACCGCAUCUUAUACACACGGAGCUCUACUGCCUGCCUACCCUUCCCAACCAGAGGUAUCCUUCCCUGUCUGUUUGCCCCCGCUGCCAGACUCAGACUGUGCCGUCGGCGUGGGAUCUUAUACCUCUUCAUUUGUGUUCACCUCACCAGAGGCAGGAGCCUGCGGAGCCCGGUACCAGCGCAGCAGCGGGAGUGAGCGCUCCUCCUCCGACUCACUCAGCUCCCCCUCGCUCCUGGCACUCUGAAACAUAAACUUUUGUUCUCCUCCUCCUCCUCCUCUCAUUUUCUGAAUCCGUCAGCCAUGUGUACUUCUCUCCGCACAAACCCUCUCCACCUCACUCCAGCUAGUUCAGAUCACUGCCUCAUCUUUUACUUUGCUCAUCUUGCACAGCUCCAUUGUCUUCCUCACCCUGUCAUCGCCUUCCAUGCUGUUGUAAUUCUCUCUCUCAUCUCUGCAAUUUUAUCUAUAUUUUUUUAUAAUAGUCUAAAGCAGUGGAUUUCAAGGACCAUCUACAGUCCAGGUUUUAUCAGUAUCACGUUUAAGUGAGAAGAAAACCUGGACCAUUUUUGGUUUGACAGCUUGGGCCAAAGCAAUCCUUUACCCUCUUUAUUUUCAGCCAUUCCUCUACUAAUUCCUUUCCUUAUCAUUUUUAUGUUCUGACCUGUCUUUACAAAAACAAAGAGAAUGUCUACUUUGUUUCUACCUUUGUUCUGACAUCUCUUCUGAUCUGCUAAGUCUCCAUACAUUUCCCUUUCCGGCAAACUCAUACCCCCAUUUAAAAUAAAUCCUUUUUCACCAUCUCCUUCUACCUUGUUUCAAUUUUCCAAUCACAUAACCCAUCAUCUUUAUAUGGAGCUGUGGGGGAGCGUUCAGUGUUGUCAAGAAGAUUCUAGCUUGCUACAUUCCACUUCAAAGACCAGCACACAUUCAGACCGUAGACCCGGAGACUUCAGGCACCGGAAUCCUUUGCCGCAGCAUGAACACGGGACAGCCAGAGAACGGACUCCUUUUCUCCAACUGCCAUGAAACUGUCAUUUGGUAGGGUUGUAAAGUGGUGGGUGAUGUGGAGGCUAGUUACUCAUAACUGCACAAUAUGGUGCUUGUGGGAGAGAGAAACAAAACUAGUUCUCUCCUGCCAGAGAAAGACUUGGAGAAAGCAGUAGCUCUGCGGAGCUCUGCGCCCCCUGCCGCAGAGGGUCGUGCGGAGCUCUGCGCCCCCUGCCGCAGAGGGUCGUGCGGAGCUCUGCACCCCCUCUCUGAGCGUGUCCUCCAAAACAUUUAAACCCUUCCCAGUUAGAGACAGAACAAAAAAAAAUAAUUCUAACCUAUCACAGCAAAAAUCCAACAUCACAGGGACCAGAAUGAAUUGCACAUGGAUUCAAAAUAGCCAGAAUAAUGACAAUGUAACCUCAUAUUAGUGAGGAUCCUGCACUGGUGGUGUUAUGUAUGUAUACGCUUCCGUGUUACUUGUACAAACAUGCAAACAAGGUGCAAUGACUCUUGCAAAGCAAAUAUAGUGUAUUUACAUCUAAAUGCAUAUGUGUGUAUAUAAUAUACACAUGUGUAUAAAUAAAUAUAUAGUAUGUUUCCAUGUACAUGUAUUUAAUGGGUGUAUAUAGUUAUAUAUACACAUACGUGCAUUUAAAUGGAAAACUUUAUAUUGAGA